CCCCCAUCUUCCCUCUUGUCUAUCUUGUGAUCAGAUUCACUGUCCCUCCGCUUGCUGGUGAUUAUUCACUGCGUGACAUCACUCCACAAUGCUCGCCUCGUCCCUCCUUGCUCUGCUUCCCCUCGCAGCGGCAUUCCAAGUGCCUAAAUUCCCUACGGCCCAAGAUGCUUUAUCGGCAGCCGAUAACCUCCUCCACGGUCAUUCUGCCGCUGGGGGAGCGUCGACUGUCUUGAGCCCAGCCAGCGAUCUCACUCUGUCGAGUAUCUCGGGCGACGACCACGUCACUUUGACCUCUGCUUUGCACCCUAAGCACAAGAUGAGGAUCAAGUCUCAUCACGGAUGGUGUGACCCCUGGACCAAGUCGUACAGUGGUUAUCUUGACGUCGGCGACGGUCGAGAUCUCUUCUUUUACUUCUUUGAGUCACGAUCCGACCCGUCGAAGGACCCUGUCGUUAUGUGGAUCAAUGGUGGACCGGGAUGUAGUUCCAGUAUGGGAUUGUUCAUGGAGCUCGGACCAUGCACGAUCAAGAGCAACCCUACCAACGUCAAUGAUACGAAACCGAACCCAUAUUCUUGGAACGAGAAGGCAAACAUCUUCUUCCUCGAAGAACCUCUUGGUGUGGGGUUCAGUGAGGCUGAGCACGGCCAAACCGUCUCCACGACGGAGGAAGCUGCCAUCGAUGUCCAGGCUUUCGUCCACCUGUUCUUUGAGCACUUCAAGGAAUUUGAAGGCCGAGCUUUCCACAUGUCUGGUGAAUCCUACGGUGGUCGAUACCUACCUGUCUUCGCCAGUGCUGUCCACGAUGGUAACAAGGCUUUGAUUGCCGCUGGCAAGGCACCAAUCAACCUCAAAAGUGUCUUGAUCGGAAACGGUAUGACCAACUUCAUGACCGAGGUCGAAUCUUAUUACCCAUACUCCUGCACAAUCCAUGGAGGUCUCGAUGCGCCGAUCUCUCCCAUCAAGGAUUGCGUGGAAAUGGCCGAAGCUGUACCCCGAUGCCACAAGAUGGCCAAGAGAAGCUGUGUGGACUCUCACGAUUACACCGAAUGCGCCAUGGCCGAGACUUACUGCAGCUUGGCAUUGACAACGCCAUUCGCAAACCUCCAGCUGAACCCCUACGACGUAAAGAAGAGCUGCACGCCUCAGGAGUUGAAGGACUACCUCUGCUAUGCCGAGACUGGUGUCGUUCGUGAAUACCUCGACCUCCCUGAAGUCCGAUCGUUCCUCGGCGUUCACCCCAAUCGGCCCAAGUUCUCAUCUUGUGACAAGACUGUCGGCCAAAACUUCCACCGAUCACUGGAUGCGACUGGCCAGACUUGGCUCUACUCUGCGGGCUUGCUCGAACGAGGAAUCAGGACUUUGAUCUACGUCGGUACUCAGGACUGGAUCUGCAACCACAUUGGUAAUGAAAUGUGGACCGAGGCUCUCGAGUGGACUGGUCAGGAAGGCUACAAUGCCGAGUCACUCUCAGAGUGGAUCGUUGACGGCAAGGUCGCCGGAUCCUACAAGACUUACGGACCCCUUACCCACCUCAAGGUACUCGGCGCCGGACACAUGGUUCCCAUGGACAGGCCCAAGCAGUCUCUCUCCAUGUUGCACACUUGGCUGUCGGAGGAAUCUUUCGGUGACUCCAAGUGAUAGGGACUGUGCUUUCGAGCAGAUCUGAAGGUAGCGAGCGAAUCAAAAUGCAUUUUUGCAACAGUG